CGCAGGCGCACGCGGGGAGGCGGUGGCCACGGCACGCCGAGUCCUCUGCCUGGCGAUUGAGGACUUGGGUUGGUGAAGACUCGAGGCGGGCGUGCGUGCGCGCGCUCGGCCUCUCCCACUGCUGCUUAGGCCUCCUCCUUAACUCACGUUCAUCUGGGGCGCUCUUUUUUCUGGGUUUCCUCGCGCGCUGGGCCCGCCGCUGCGCCGAGGUGAGCCGGAAGGACUUGCAAGGUAUGAAGAACAGUGAUUAUUAUACAGUUGGAAAGAAAGGCAAAGAAAAUGCUUUUUGUUCUGGAUUGGGCAACUGAACAGAAACUGCAAUUUUAGGAUGAAGAAGGGAAGAGGAAGAACAAGCCGGAUCAGAAGACGGAAACUCUUCAGAAGUUCUGUAUCAAGAGGAGUGAAUGAGAGCUAUAAGCCUGAAUUUAUAGAGCUUAAGAAGUGGCUGAAAGACAGGAAGUUUGAAGAUACAAACUUAAUACCUGCUUGUUUUCCAGGUACAGGAAGAGGGCUGAUGAGCAAAACAUCCCUGCGGGAGGGACAGAUGAUUAUUUCGUUGCCUGAGAGUUGCCUGCUCACCACGGACACAGUGACUAGAAGCUACUUAGGGGCGUACAUUGCUAAGUGGCAGCCUCCUCCAUCUCCUCUGCUGGCUCUGUGCACCUUUUUAGUUUCAGAAAAGCAUGCUGGGGACCAGUCUCUCUGGAAGCCUUACCUGGAGAUUUUACCGAAGGCCUACACCUGCCCUGUAUGUUUGGAACCAGAAGUGGUGAACCUGUUUCCCAAACCUUUGAAGGCAAAGGCUGAAGAGCAGAGAGCCCGCGUGCAGGAGUUCUUUUCUUCCUCCAGAGACUUUGUCUCUUCCCUGCAGCCUCUGUUUUCUGAGGCUGUUGAGAGCAUCUUUAGCUACAGUGCCCUCCUGUGGGCUUGGUGCACGGUCAACACCAGGGCUGUGUACGUGGAGCACAGGCAGAGGCAAUGCUUGUCCGCAGAGCCGAACACCUACGCGCUCGCCCCGUACCUGGAUCUGCUCAAUCAUAGCCCACAUGUCCAGGUAAAAGCAGCAUUUAAUGAGGAAACUCACUGUUAUGAAAUUAGAACGGCUUCAGGCUGCAGGAAACAUGAACAGGUGUUCAUCUGCUAUGGCCCUCAUGAUAACCAGCGGCUGCUCCUGGAAUACGGAUUCAUUUCCGUCCAGAAUCCUCACGCUUGUGUUCAUGUCUCAGAAGAUAUACUUGUUAAAUACCUUCCAUCAACAGAUAAACAGAUGAACAAGAAGAUUUCCAUUUUGAAGGAUCAUGAUUUUAUAGAAAAUUUGACAUUUGGAUGGGAUGGACCAUCUUGGAGGUUACUCACAGCUCUUAAGUUGUUAUGUCUGGAAGCCGAAGAAUUUACAUGCUGGAAAAAAAUACUUCUUGGGGAAAUCAUUUCAGAUACAAAUGAGAAGAGAGGUUUGGUCAUAGCCCAGAAAAUAUGCCAGUAUUUCAUAGAGGAGACCAAUGCUAUGCUGCGAAAGGUUUCUCAUAUGAAAGAUGAAGAAGUGGCUUUGAUAAACCAACUAACUUUGGUAGAAACAUUGUGGACAGAAGAGCUAAAGAUUCUGCAGGCCUCUGCUGAGAUUCUAAACCGUUUGCAAACACCUUUUAGGUAACUAAAUGCAUUCGGUCGCCUCCUGUGGUGGGUGUGACUUCUUAAACAGUUUUAAAUGAAGGUUUAUUUUGUACAGAAUCAUUUACAGUCACCAAAUGGUUUCUAUUAAACAAUUGUAUAC